AUGGCACAAUGUGAUGUUAGACUGGUCAAUGGCAGUAAUCGCUGCUCUGGUAGAGUUGAGGUCUUUCAUAAUGGCAGUUGGGGAACUGUGUGUGAUGACUCUUGGGACAUUAAUGAUGCUGCUGUGGUGUGCAGACAGGUGGGAUGUGGAAAAGCUCUUAGUGCCAACAGUGGGGCUUUUUUUGCUCAAGGGAGUGACCCAAUCUGGUUGGAUGAUGUUGAAUGUUCUGGAAGUGAGAGCAGCAUAAAACAGUGCAAACACAAUGGACUAGGAUCUCAUAACUGUAAACACAAUGAAGAUGCUGGUGUUGCAUGUUCAGACUUGUUAAGAUUGGUCAGUGGCUCUGAUUCCUGCUGUGGAAGAGUGGAGCUCCUUUACAAGGGCCGGUGGGGAACUGUGUGUGAUGAGAGCUGGGACAUAAGAGAUGCUGAUGUUGUGUGCAAACAAUUAAACUGUGGCAGAGCCAUCAGCGCCCCUCACAGCGCAGCAUUUGGUCAGGGAAGUGGAGUGAGUUGGACAAAUAAUUUUGGAUGUGUUGGAAAUGAGACCACCCUUAUGAAGUGCUUAGAAGACAGAGAACGUAGCUGUGGUCAUAAUCAAGAUGCUGGUGUUGUUUGUACAGGUGAUCUGCAGAUGCCCACGCUUACCAUUAUCUCUCAUUCAGUUGUGUCUCCUGGAGAAAUCAUUCAGUUCAGCUGCACAACACCUAAUCCAAGAUGUGGGGAAAAUGCUGAAUUCCACCUGUUCAGAAACAGAUCAUCCACAAUAUCCUCUGAAACAAGUGUAUCUAGUGUGACUUUCAGUCUGACUGUAGACGUCUCACAUCAGGAUCAGUAUAGCUGUGGUUACUCUUACAGUAAUGACAUGUUCAAGUCUUCCAGUAGUAACACUAUUAAAAUCACUGUAGUGAACCUGCAGAAGCCCAAUAUUUCUCUCAGUGGAUUGUUUGACUUUGGUCCUCAGGGUUCAGUGAUCACCAGAGGUCACAGCUUCACUAUUACUUGUUCAUCUGAAUCUCAGUAUUCUGGAGGCUUCUUCUCUCUGUUCAAUGGAUCAAACAUCAUCAAUCGUGAACCAGCUGUCAAUCACUCAGCCGUCUUCAUCUUUCCACUGGCAGAUUAUUCACAUGAGGGAAACUACAGUUGUGUUUAUGAAGUGAAUGUGUCCUCACGUAACUUUCAUUCAGUUUCCUCUAACCAGCUGCUUAUCACUACCAGAGUGAACCUGCAGAACCCCAAUAUUUCUCUCAGUGGAUUGUUUGACUUUGGUCCUCAGGGUUCAGUGAUCGCCAGAGGUCACAGCUUCACUAUUACUUGUUCAUCUGAAUCUCAGUAUUCUGGAGGCUUCUUCUCUCUGUUCAUUGGAUCAAACAUCACCAGGAAUGAACCAGCUGUCAAUCACUCAGCCGUCUUCAUCUUUCCUGAGGCAGAUUAUUCACAUGAGGGAAACUACAGUUGUGUUUAUAAAGUGAAUGUCUCCUCACGUAAUUUCCAUUCAGAUGCGUCUGACCUGCUGCUCAUCACUAUCAGAGGCAAAUUUCCUUCUUUUGGAAAAUCACAUUUUCCUGCCAUAGUUCAAGCACAAGAUGAACUGCUGGUAAAGAAAUAA